GAAAUUAAAGUGGCUGCCAUUCACUGCAAAUGGCAUUGUAUUUGUAGAGAGAGAAAAUCGUUGGGUUUUUUGUUUUCUUCCAUUUUUCUAGAGAGAGAAAGUGGGAAUGCUUGUGACUGAGCUGCCUUCGCUGAUUUUGAGGCAUCACUGAGAGAGAAAGAGAGAUUGCAGAGCAAGUUUCAGUCAUACCCAUUCAUACUUUCAAUUUCUUCUUGUUCUUGUUUCGGCAUUUUUUUUGUGUCUUUUUUCUUCCGCAGCGAAGGAAAGGAGGAAACAAGCUUGGCGAUUGCCAGAGUCCAGCAUUUGCAGUGUUUGAAGAUUGCUUCACAGAGAGAUCAGUUCGACUUUUGAAUCAGCUACAACAAUGGCUGACUCUGGUUCUGAGUUGUGUCCUGUUCAGUCUGCUGUGUUGGGGCACAAAUCCAAAGGCAGCCCUUUUUUCAGUGUCCCUGGUCUCUUUGUUGGCUUAAAUUUCAAAGUAGCUUCAGAUCAUGAUUCAGUCAAAAGUCCCACCUCUCCUUUAGAACUUAGGGUGUUUUCAAAUCUUAGCAACUCAAUAGGAUCCCCUAAAUCAUCCUAUGGCGGCCAUAGAAGGAGCUGGGAUUGUAGUAAAGUAGGAUUAGGCAUUAUUGAUUCUCUUGAUGAUGAUAAUAACCUAUCUGCUAAACCUCUUGGAUCAUCUGAGAGUAAGAACAUCAUUUUUGGACCCCAAGUUAGAACCAAGACUCAGACCCCAAAUCUUCAAAUUGAUCCAGUUUUUCCCCAGGUAGGUCCUAGAUCUUUGCCUAAAAAUUGUCCCAACUUUCUACCAUUGCAGUUCAAAUCACUACGUGGUCGUAGCUCAGAGGUUUUCUUUGAAAUUGGAGAACCAUUAGAAUUCAAGCCUUCAAAGAAGAGUGAGGCGUGUUCAUUGGACUCGACCCGGUUCGUCUCUGCAUCUCGUGGUGUAAAAGGUCGCAGCUUCUUCCAUUCUACAAAUCCAUUUGUGAAGAAAGUGAUGACAAAUGGUGAUUCUGAGCCUCAUGACAAAGUUUUGUCUGCAGAUGUUUCAACCUUAGCAUCUGUAACGCUACCUGUUUCUGGGUUUGUAGAGUCUCUUUCUGCAAGCCAGAUCGAGCUCUCCGAGGAUUAUACUCGUGUAAUAUCCCAUGGUGCCAAUCCAAAAUCCACUCACAUUUUUGGUGACUGCAUUUUAGAAUGUCACUCUAAUGAUUUGAACAACUUGAAGAAGAAUGAGAUGAAUGAGAUAGGAUCUCCUCUCUCAGUUAGAAGCAGCCUGGACAAUCCUUCUCCAUGUCAACCGAUUGAUUUUCUGAGUUUUUGUUACUUUUGCAACAAAAAACUUGAAAGUGGGAAAGACAUAUACAUAUACAGGGGCGAGAAAGCGUUUUGCAGCGCUGACUGUCGCCAUCAGGAGAUUGUGAAUGAAGAAGAAUUCGAGAAGCCUGUCUGCGAAAUCUUCGAACAUUCUUCAACAUCCAGAGAUGGCACCAUUUUUGAAUAAACAGGUUGGUGUCCUCCACGGCCACAGUGCCAAUCGACAAAUGCUCUGUUCGGUCGUCUGUUAACAGAAGAGCUGUUGUUAUGGCAGCCAUGGAUGAUCCUGUACAUUGAUGAUGCAUUUGUUUGAUUUGCAUUUCACUGUCAGGGUGUGUUUUUCAUCUUUUUUUUCUUCUGAAAUUCACAUAAAUUUGGCAAUUUUAUUGUCAAGCCAAGCUAGUAUGGCCUUGUAGAAGGGUUCAAAGGGUAGAAGCCUCUGCUUUUAUGGCUCCCCCAUAUUCUAAUUUUCUGGCUUUGUAUCUUUUUAAUGGCCAGAUAUGAUAAAAGACUUUGAAGCACCGAGCAUCAUAUUUCUUUUCCCUCCAAAUUAAACCGCAAAUAGAAUACUCUUCCAAAUAGUUGGU